AUGUCUCCCGCCAAGAUCAACGGAGGAACUGUCGUCGAGAUGCAGGGCGAUGAAAUGACCCGCAUCAUCUGGGACGGCAUUCGCGAGAAGUUGAUUCUCCCCUAUGUCGACCUUGACAUCAAGUACUUCGACCUCGGCAUGGAGUACCGUGACGAGACCAACGACCAGGUCACCAUCGAUGCUGCCGAGGCCAUCAAGAAGUACAAGGUCGGCAUCAAGUGCGCCACCAUCACUCCCGAUGAGGCCCGUGUCGAGGAGUUCAAGCUCAAGCAGAUGUGGAAGUCCCCCAACGGAACAAUCCGUAACAUUUUGGGAGGCACCGUGUUCCGUGAGCCCAUUCUGUGCAAGAACAUCCCUAGAUUGGUCCCCGGAUGGACCGAGCCCAUUGUCUUGGGUCGCCACGCUUUCGGUGAUCAGUACAAGGCUACCGACUUGGUUGUCGAUGUACCCGGUCGCCUCGAGCUCGUCUUCACCCCCGCCGAUGGUUCCGAGAAGAAGAACUUGGUCGUCUACGACUUUGAGGGCCCCGGUGUUGCCAUGGGCAUGUACAACCACGACGAGUCGAUUAUUGGAUUCGCUCACUCGUGCUUCAAGGUGGCUUUGGAGAAGUCAUACCCCCUCUACAUGUCGACCAAGAACACGAUCUUGAAGAAAUACGAUGGCCGCUUCAAGGAUAUCUUCCAGGAGAUCUUCGAGCGUGACUACAAGGAGCAGUUCGACGCCAAGAAGAUCUGGUACGAGCACCGUCUCAUCGACGACAUGGUCGCUCAGAUGCUCAAGUCCUCCGGAGGUUUCGUCUGGGCCUGCAAGAACUAUGACGGUGAUGUCCAGUCCGACAUUGUCGCCCAGGGUUAUGGAUCCUUGGGUCUCAUGACCUCCGUCCUCUUGACCCCCGAUGGUGAGUGCUGCGAGGCCGAGGCCGCCCACGGAACUGUGACCCGUCACUACCGCGAGCACCAGAAGGGCCGUGAGACUUCGACCAACCCCAUUGCGUCGAUCUUUGCCUGGACCCGUGGACUUGAGUUCCGUGCCAAGAUCGAUAACAACGAGGAGUUGAAGCAGUUUGCGACUCAGUUGGAGACUGUUUGUAUCGAUACCAUCGAGGCCGGUGACAUGACCAAGGAUUUGGCUUUGAUUAUUCAUGGAAAGGGCUUGAAGCGUGAGCAUUACUUGAACACGUUCGAGUUCUUGGAUAGACUUGCUGAGAACCUCCAGAAGAAGCGUUCCGCCUAA